AUGACCAUGAGAACUCCGGAGCGAUACUGUGUGUGCACUAUCCACACAGGUUUACAACACCAAAUAAUUUGGCCUUGCCAACCCACAUGCCUCCCCCUGGAUGAGAAGCUACUCCCAGAGCUCCUUAAAGAGGCAGGAUAUGUUACCCACAUGGUGGGGAAGUGGCAUUUGGGCAUGUACAGAAAGGAAUGCCUUCCAACCCGGAGAGGAUUUGAUACUUUCUUUGGCUAUCUUCUGGGGAGUGAGGAUUACUACUCUCAUGACCGCUGUGUGCUCAUCAAAGCAAAGAAUGUGACGCGCUGUGCUCUGGACUUCCGAGAUGGAGAAGAAGUUGUGACUGGAUUUAAAAAUGUGUACUCCACUAAUUUGUUCACAGAAAGAGCUAUAGAUCUGAUAGCCAAUCACAACACUGAGAAGCCUCUCUUUCUCUACCUUGCUUUUCAAUCAGUCCAUGAUCCUCUUGAGGUCCCUGAGGAAUACAUGAAACCGUAUUCCCACAUUAAGGAUGAAAAGAGGCGCCGUUAUUCAGGAAUGGUGACACUUAUGGAUGAAGCUGUAGGAAACCUUACUGAUGCUCUGAAAAAAUACAAUCUUUGGAAUAACACAGUUCUUAUUUUUUCUACUGAUAAUGGAGGACAGACCUUAUCAGGUGGAAACAACUGGCCACUGAGAGGAAGAAAAUGGACUCUUUGGGAAGGAGGAGUGAGAGGAGUAGGCUUUGUUGCAAGUCCUUUACUGAAGCGGAAAGGUGCAGAAAGUCACGAACUUAUCCAUAUCUCUGACUGGCUGCCAACGCUGGUGCACCUGGCUGGAGGACAUACCAAUGGCACAAAGCCUCUGGAUGGCUUUGAUGUUUGGAAAACUAUCAGUGAAGGAAAAGCAUCUCCCAGAAUCGAAUUGCUUCACAACAUAGACCCCCUGUUUGUGGAUGAUUUCCCAUGUCUUGGUAUCGACAACAGAACAUCUUUAUCGCAGAAUAGUUCUUUUACAUGGGAUGGUACAAUUUUCAAUAUCUCCAUGCAUGCAGCAAUUCGACAUGGAAAAUGGAAAUUACUAACAGGAUAUCCAGGCUGCAGUCACUGGUUCCCUCCACCAUCUUUGUUCAAUGAGUCAAUGAUUCAGUCAUCUGAUCCUCCAACAAAGAGACUUUGGCUUUUUGAUGUUGUUCACGAUCCUGAGGAGAAAAAUGAGUUGUCCGAAAGAUAUCCUCAUGUGGUGAAGAAACUGCUCUCACGACUUCAGUAUUACUAUAAACGUUCAGUGCCUGUGUUCUUCCCUGAUGAUGAUCCCCACUGUGAUCCAGAAGCAACUGGUGCCUGGGGUCCUUGGGAAUAGUGCAGAGCAUUGCUCCUUGCAGAGCUCACCUGAUUGGAAUUUGAUUUGUAGUUUCGAGGUCCAAGUCAUUUGUUUCUUAUCCU